AUGAAUACAAGUAAUGACGAAAUGAGUAAUGUUUCGAAUGAUAAUAACAUUGGUAGUAGCACUAAUAUAGACAGCAUUAACCACAUUAGCAACAACCUUGGCCAUAUUGGGAGUGCUGACAAUAUUAACCAUGCUAUCAUAAGCGCAAGCCAUUUUAACAGUGCAAAUAAUUUAGUCGACCCAGAGAAUGAAAACCAUAAUGACCACAUAGGGCUCAAAAAUGUGCAUAUCGCUAAUAAAAACAUGAAUAACUACAGCUCACUGUCCAAUGAAAACACAAUUGACGAUAAUGGAAAUGAUAUGAAUUUCCUCAACGAUGACGAUAAUGAUAAUUGCAAUGAGAGCAACGAAAACAACCACAAUGGGAACGCGGGAGUUACAAUUGAAGGGACGAACGAGGGUGGAAAUAAUGACUAUGUGAGUAGUGAUAAGGCCGAAGUAGGCGACAUUCAUAAUAACGUGGCGGGUGAGCAGAAUGGCGGCAGCGACAUUGCCAGCAGUGGCAUGAACAAUACGGGUUUAACCCCCACCGCGGAGGAAGCCCAACUGAAUGGUGACAAAAAGAGCGCACCAAAUGGGAACUACAAAAAUGCCUUCUUCAAAAAUGUUGACGACGUGAGGAGCUUCGAAAGAGGAAUUCUCUACCUGACGGACGAAGAAUUCAAUUAUAUAUCAAAUACAGUUAACUUGUUGGGGUUUCGAUUUUUUGAAAUACCAUCAGAAAAGAGUAAGAGCGAAAAGAGAAACACCUACAGCGCCAUAUCGAAGAGGCAUUUAAAUGAAAUUAAAAACCUACGUUGUUCCUUGUCGAAUAAUAUAUACGACGCGGGCAAGAGGAAAUCGAAGAAGUCCUUUAAUCGGUACUAUUCCAAAGAUGAGACCAGUAGCACAACUACGAAGGAUAAUAACGACACGCAAAGGGAAAUUACCCGGAGAAGGGGAGCGGCAUACAGCAAUUACGACGAUGAUAAUAAGAGCUCCCUAAACGGUGAUGAUAACAAGUACGGCAAUGUCAGCAAUAACCACGUUAGCAAUGGCACGGCUGCAUUAGCCUCAUCCGCGUACCGAGGCGGGGCGUAUAGCAACAAAGUGGGCAGCAGCAGCGGCUCGGGGGUGAACGCCAAAAUGAGUGAGAGCGACAAAAUUGUACCAGGCAGAAAUAACAGCAUGGUCAAAAAGGGAUCUAUCAGCAAGGGCGAAAUGGAUAGCGGUAGUGUGAAUAAAAAUGCCUAUGGUGCAUAUCCCAGCGUCGGAAAGGGAAAAUCGUCCAAAUCGGUGGGAAGUAGUAGUAGUAAAAAUAAUGCGGCCAUGCACCACAGUAAUUAUAAGCACGGAGCGGCAGGUGCAGGAGCGGCCGUGGCAGGAGGAAAGGAAGCGCUGAAAAAGCGGCAACGAAGUAGCAACAAUAGUAUUUUGGAAGAUGACACGGUGGACGAAUAUGAGCAGCACAAAAGAACGUACAAGAAAAGAAUCUACAAGAGUGGCAACCCUUGGAAAAAUUGGUGCUUCAAAAUAUUGCACAAAUUGAAGAAGAAAGAAAUCUGCUGCUGGUUCUUAAAACCGGUAAACCCAGAACUGGAUGGAAUACCCAACUAUUUUAAUGUUAUUAAAAACCCCAUGGAUUUUGAGACCAUAGAAAAUAAGCUACUAACGAAUAAGUACAAAAACCCAUUUGAAUGGCAACAAGAUGUACGACAAAUAUUUUUUAAUGCCUUCACCUAUCAUAAGGUGAAAAACUGCGUGUGGAAUGAUGCCUACAAGCUAGCCAAAGAAUUCGAUAAGUUAGUCAAACAACACACAGAAAUGAAAAAUAUCCUCAACGAAUGCACGAAGGGUUCCAAUUCUGUGUAUCUAGAUAUGAACAAGUAUAAUGAAAUUCUGGCAGAGAAAUAUGAGUAUGAUGAGAAUCUUAACCACACUAGUAGUAGUAGUAGCUACACUGGAAGUUCCAGUGAGGAAAUAAGCUCCGAUGAGUACCAUGGCAACAAAAGAUACAAUCGAAAUAACAGUGCUAGUAAUGCCUACACAGUUAGGAAGAAAAACAUGAUGAUGUCUGGAGGGGUGGCAGCAGCGAAUCACGCGGCUUACCAUAAUAUGGACCCGUCCAAUCACAUGUACGGAGCGCCAAAUCGAAAGGGAUCCGCCGCGGCAGGUGACAACCGGUUUAACAAAAUGAAUAAGCAAAUGUCCAGCAUGUCAUCAAAGAAUGCAAGGGACAAAUUUGUAAACAGCAAAAAGGAUAACAACAGCGGUUAUGGUGUAGGAAAUAAUAACAGUAGUGGUAAUAUCCACAUGAAUAGCAAUAAUAAUAGCAUAGAAUUUGAGCCACCCAGCAUGGGAACCAUACCGGAACCACCAGGCAUUCAGAAGAUUGGAGCGAACGAUAAAGGGUUAAAUAACUACCAAGUGAAUUUACUUUUUAAGAAUUUAAGAAGAUUAGCACCGAAUCAGAGAAGGGCAGCAUUAGAAAUUAUACAAGACGAUUUAGGCAUACUCGCCGAGAAUCACAUGUUCGAUAGAUUUUUCACAUUUGACACAGAUUUGCUGUCCAUCGAAAAGCAGAAAAGAAUAUUUCUUUACAUUAACCAUAUGGGUAGAAUAAAUCUGGAGCAGUAUAAAGCCUCCCUCAUUCCAUCAGAUCAAAUUGGCACGUGCACUAUGCCCAAGGGAAAAAUGCCCAUAAAAAAUAUGAACAACAAGAAUUACCUCAAUAGUAGUAGCACCCUGGGUAACAACACCAACAAUAGUAAUAACCCCCAUUUUGAUAAGAGGAGAACGAAUAGGUAUCUCUCCUCGUCGUCCAAUUCGUCCGAUUCGUCUUCUUCCAACUCCUCCGAUUCUUCGACAUAUUCUACGUCCAGUGAGGACAGCGAAUCAGAGGAGGAUAGCGACUCUGAUAUGGACUCUGAUUCGUAUGACAAGAAAAAGGUGAAGAGGCAGUUAUCGUCCAACGAACGGAAAAAGGAAGUAAUUACAAAUAAAUAUUUUGACAACAAUAGGAGAAAAACGCUACCGCAGUAUAAGCCCAUUGACGAGAAUAAGAAAAAUUUACAGCUACGAGAUGACGUUAUGGGAAUGCAUGCCGAUUUUUUAGCCUCCAUGGAUGGACCAAAGAACGGCAAGAAGGAUCCCAAGAGUUCUGGCUCUGCGUGGCCUGAGUGGAAGGGGCAGGUUAUUCAACAGGCCAUCUUGACUCAGCACCAGUCGAGCGUGCCCCUAAACAAGAAGGAGUUGAUCGCGGAGGGGUAUGACGCGAAGAUUUAG